AUGACUACGGUGCGAACCAUUAUUGCCAUUGCUGCUUCACAAAACUGGCCUCUUUAUCAAAUGGAUGUCAAAAAUGCUUUUCUCCAUGGUGAUCUCAAAGAAGAUAUUUACAUAAAACCUCCACCUGGUUUGUUCUUAUCACCUACAUCAGUAUGCAAGUUGAAGUGGUCUUUGUAUGGAUUAAAACAAGCUCCCAGAGCUUGGUUUGACAAGUUUCGGUCUACUUUGCUUCAAUUCUCUUUUGAACAGAGCAAAUAUGACUCAUCUUUGUUUCUUCGUAAAACAUCUACAGGUUGUGUUCUUCUUUUGCAGCAGCUUAAGGAUUCUUUUCAUAUGAAAGAUCUUGGCAUUCUUACAUACUUUUUGGGGUUAGAAGUUCAUUAUGAUUCUUUAGGUGUAUUUUUAAAUCAGCACAAAUAUACUCAGGAUUUGAUUGCUUUGGUUGGUCUUCAAGAAUCUUCCUCUAUAGAUACUCUAUUGGAAUUGAAUGUAAAGUAUCGUCGUGAGGAAGGAGAUAUUCUUCCUGAUCCAACUUUGUUUCAGAAACUAGUUGGGAUCCUAAAUUAUCUUACUAUUACUCAGCUUGAUAUCUCUUCUGCAGUUCAACGAGUGAGUCAAUUUAUGCAGGCUCCCUAUCAUCUAGAUUUGGUGGUUGUUCGUCACAUCAUUCGAUAUGUCUUGGGAACAUCAACUCGCGGAUUAUUCUUUCCUAGUGGUUCUCUAAUACGGCUUGAUGCAUUUAGCGAUUCUGAUUGGGCUGGAUGUCCUAAUACUCGCCGCUCCGUCACAGGUUGGUGCAUGUUUCUUGGGGAUUCCUUGAUAUCUUGGAAGAGCAAGAAGCAAGCUCGUGUUUCAAAAUCUUCAACUGAGUCUGAAUAUCGAGUCAUGUAUGCUGCUUGCUCCGAGAUUGUUUGGCUUCGUGGUCGACUUGCAGAGAUUGGUUUUCCUCAAUCUAAUCCUACUCCUUUACACGCUGACAACACAAGUGCCAUUCAGAUUGCCAUUAACCCGGUUUAUCAUGAAAGGACCAAACACAUCGAGGUGGACUGUCAUUAUAUCGGGGAAGCUGUAGAUAAGGGAGUCAUUACUCUUCCACAUGUGUCUAGUAAUCUCCAGAUAGCUGAUGUGUUCACAAAAUCCAUGACACGGCAACGUCAUCAGUUUCUAGUAGGCAAAUUGAUGCUUCUUGAUUCACCGGCAUCAAUUUGA